UUUUUUUUUCAAUAAAAAAAAAUUAUUACGUAUUAAAUUAUUUUUGUUAAUAUGUAAGGACCAAGUUGUAUGUAAUUGCAUCCUUUUCUCUUCAGGAAUGCCAAGGAGCCACAAGCCUUUUCGAUCUCUUUCAUUCUUAAAUAAUUCUUAACAAUUGAAAAUUGUUGCUUUUGUUUACUUAUAAGGUAAAAAUCUAGGUAAAAAUUAUAUUAUCAAGAAAAGAGAGAAGUGCACCAAGACAUUUAACAGCAUUUAGAAGCGAGAUAAAGAGCUAGCAGACACCGUUUUUGAGAAGCAAAUAGAAUUAACAGUUGAGCAGACACUAUAGUAUUGUAUACCAUAGACAUAGGAUACAUAGACCGAUCAUUCGAGAAGUAGAAGUAAAGCUCACACGUGAAAAACAAAAAGAAAUAGCAUGCUUUGGACCAAUAUUUUGUCUUUUUCUCUCUUGUCUUCUUUCUGGUUUCUUUUUUUUUCCUCCAAAGCAUGCUACCUCUUUUAAGUUUUCUACAUCCCCACUCCCUGAACGCUCGGUCUAUGUAUCGUAUAGACAUCAGAUAUUCUGUAUAUCCAGUGAUUUCGGUCAUUUCAUAUCUACCGCAGCAAGCUGCAACAGUACAAGUUAGUUGCGCACAUAGCAUUUUCUUAUCGCUUCAGUUUUUAAGUGGAUUAAAGUGAAUUGAAGUUAUCAUUGCAUAAUCACCAUGUCCUUCGCGGGAAAAGUUGUCCUGAUAACAGGGGCCAGCUCAGGAAUUGGGGCUGAGACAGCUGUUUACAUGGCCCAGCAUGGGGCGUCGCUGUCGUUAACUGGACGUAACAAGCAGAAUUUAGACAAGGUGGCCGAGCAAUGCGGCCAGUCCAAAACACUUGUCGUAACGGGCGAGCUAGCCAACGAGAACGACAUAAAGAACAUCAUCGACUCGACAAUUAAACAUUUUGGCAAAUUGGACAUUUUAAUUAAUAACGCUGGAGUUUUAGAGCUUGGUACCAUAGAGACCAUGCGCUUGGAACAAUAUGACAAUGUUUUCAACGUAAAUGUUCGCUCGGUAUACCAACUGACGGCGCUGGCAGUGCCGCAUUUAAUCAAGACGAAGGGCAACAUCGUUAACGUUUCUAGCUUAGCUGGAUUACGAUCUUUCCCAGGAGCUCUGGCAUAUUGUAUGAGUAAGGCGGCCCUGGACCAAUUUACCCGUUGCGUCGCUUUAGAAUUGGGAACGCAUCAGGUGCGAGUGAAUGCUGUAAAUCCUGGUGUUAUAACAACAAGUAUUCACGAGCGUGGUGGAAUGACCCAGGAACAGGUUGAAGACUUUUACGAGCAUAGUAAAAAGGUACAUGCUCUAGGAAGGGUUGGCGACGUUUCGGAAGUCGCAAAGGCCAUUGCAUUUCUAGCAAGUGACGAUGCUAGUUACAUAACCGGGGCGACAUUACCUGUGGACGGAGGUAGACAGGCCAUGUGUUCUUAAAGAUUUCAUAUCGUCUUUAUAAAUAUUUUUUUAUGAAAGAUUCAUUAUCUAUAUUCCAACAGAUAAUAUUUUUUGUUAAAUAAACAUGAUUUAUUAUCGAAUAUAAAAAAAAUGUAAUAAAUAAUUUUCCUAAAAAGUUAAGAUUUAUGUUUUUUGAAUGUGUAUGCAUAAUCAAUAUAUUAUCUUACAUCUCAAAUAAAAAUAUAUCUUAUUGUAUAUUUUAA